AGUCUUCUUGAUUCUUUCGGUCACUCUUACUCGCCUCUUUCUGCUGUCUUUCUUUCACUUCACCGAUCACACAGAUCGUUUCUAUCUUCUCGCUUUAGAUAUGAAGGGUGCCAAGGGUAAAGGGGCAGCAAAGAGGGACAGCUUGAAGCCUGUUGAUGACAAAAAGGUAGGGAAGAGGAAGGCACCUGCUAAGGCUGUUAGCAAAAGCAAGGCUAAAGCCGGGAAAGCAGUGAAAGAUCCUAACAAGCCAAAGAGACCUCCCAGUGCUUUCUUUGUCUUUCUUGAGGAGUUUAGGAAGACAUUCAAGAAAGAAAAUCCCACUAUUAAAGCUGUUUCAGCUGUCGGGAAAGCCGGCGGAGAGAAGUGGAAAUCCUUGAGUGCAGCUGAAAAGGCACCGUAUGAAGCCAAAGCUGCAAAAAGGAAGACUGAUUAUGAGAAACUAAUGAACGCAUACAACAAAAAACAGGAGAGCAUGGCUGACGAUGAUGAAGAAUCCGAAAAAUCUAAGUCUGAAGUAGACGAGGAGAGCGGACAGGAUGGUGGCGAUGAUGAAGAAGAUGACGAUGAAGACGAUGAUGAGGAUGAUGAAUGAAAUGAAGGGCCGAAACCUGUGUGAUUCAGACCACAUAUUUGCCGAAAACUUGCAUGUUCAUAUUCAUAGCUUACUUGAUUAUGGUCUUGCCUGUUUACUUAAGUUGUUGCGGCCAUAGCUUAGAUUUGACCUUUCUUAUGUACCCUACCCCUAUGAUUUCAUUUAGUUUGAAUUGAAUGUUGAUUUUACCUUUUGGACUGAAUGUCAUUUCAAACCCAUUCUACUGUCACCUACUACAGUUAACCAAUCAUCAUCAUACAUUCUGCACAUUACAAUGCU